AUGGUGAUCAUAGUUGAAUGCGCCAAGGCUGGAGAUGGGAUAGGGCUCGGAACCAAGGACCGGAGCCGGGACCACGACCAGCACACACUGCUAGUGGGCAAUCCGCUAGAAGCAAAAAUAGAACGGGACAUAUGCGCGGAGUUGAAAAGGAAAACGUUCGAGCUAGUCCGCGUGAUCACGAACAAGAACUUUGAGGACUUCGCCCUACACCGGGGUUUCUGUUUUCUGGACGACUAUACGCGAGCAGUGGCUGUAGAAGCCAAGCGCUGGUUGUCUCGGAACACGACGAUCGGGUGUCGGAUCAUCGUCGACUGGGGUGACCUCAAACUAGAAUUCUUCGACGGUAUCAUGGCAGCGGUUCGUAUACUUUCUUUCAGGCAAUACAGCGACAUUUUCAGGGAGGAAAUUAUUACUAAAGUGUUCGGUCGAUACGGUACCACCGAGAUAUGGGGAACCUUGAACACCUAUUCGUUCACGUACUUCACCCGCCGGGAAGAUGCCCAAGAAGAUAUAGAAUCCUUGGACGCCACCUCGGACGUAGAAACUGGAAUUUCCAUAGACGUGAUGUGGACCAAACAGCCCGUGGACAGACAGCACCGCAAACGCAUGACGCGAAACCGGGAGCAGCGCAUGAGGAAGUCGGUCCAUGAACUGUACGUCCGGCAAUACGGUGGCACGCUAAGCGAAGAAGUCCUCACUAAAGUAUUCGGCUGGUACGGUACUGUCAAACGGGUGAAAAAUUUGAGGAACCACUCGUUCGUGCAAUUUACCCGCCGGAAAGACGCCCAAUCGGCUAUGGAAGCCUUGGACGGCGCCACGGACGUAGUCACUGGUGUUUCCAUAGACGUUGUGCGGGCCAAAUCGCGCGUGACUCAACAGCACCGGGAACGCAUGCCGCGGAACCGGGAGCUGAGCAUAAUGGGGAACCUUGAACACCUAUUCGUUCACGUACUUCAUCCACCAGGGAAAUGUGUUUGA